AUGGGGAUCCUUCAUGUGGCGAUUCUAGCUGUGAUCAUCUGCAUAGCCACAUCGGCGAUAUGGCCGGCAGUCGCGGAGGUGAUUGGCGGGGGAGAGCUUCCCGGUCCCGAGGACAUUUCCUUGGACGACGACAAUGGCGUGCUCUACAUCGGCUGCUCCGACGGGUGGAUCAAGAAGGUGUCGCGAAAGACUGGCGAGGUGGAGAACUGGGUGAAUGUGGGAGGCCAUACGCUUGGGGUUGGGCUGCUCAACAUCACUCGGGAUAAGAGCUUGCUUUCCAUGUUGAUUCGAGAGCUUUGUUUCCAUUGCUGUGAUCUCGCUGGAUCCGGCACAGCGUUGGGUAAUGGAUUAGACGUUGCGAAGGAUGGCACCAUCUACUUCACGGAUGCGACGAGCAAGUUUCUGCUGGAGAAGGCCAAACUGGACGUCCUCCAGUGCCGCCCAAACGGCAGGCUCUUGAAGUACGACCCCGCGACUCGCACCACCACAGUCCUGCGGAAGAACAUGUUUUUUGCGAAUGGAGUCUCGCUCUCUGCCAAGGAGGACUUUCUAGUGGUGAGCGAGACAUCCAUGGUGAGGUGCAUGAAGUACUGGCUGAAAGGUAAGAAAGCGGGAACCAUGGAGUUGUUCAUGGACAACUUGCUGGGGCAGCCGGACAACUUCAAGCGCGAUGGCCAUGGCAGAUUUUGGAUAGCAUUGGUGUCGGGGAUGAGCAAUACCAGCAUUGGAGUACAUCAUAGCGCAACCUGAAGUUCUCGA